AUCCGAGUAGUUUUACAGUAAGAAUCCGAGUUUAGCAUAUGGCAGCCUUUCCUGCCAACACAGUGCACGCCUCCCUGGCCAAACCAACGGGCGUGUAUUGGCGCUGCUGCAGGUAAAUCUGGUGGCCAUUGAAUGCAUGCUGCAGAGCAGCUUCUACAGCAUCCUGCUGGCCAUGCAUCUCGCCCUGCUGCUGCCCAUUUCCCCCUCCACCCGCAUCUUGCUGCAGAACGGCAAUGUGCCCACGGAUAACUUCCCUCUGAGCACGCAGAAGGCUUAUCCUGCGCGUGUAGUAAAUGACCAUGUCACGGAGCUCACGCUCCACAAUGGUGCACUCCUCAUUGCAACGGAGCCAGCGCUGCGCAAGGUCAUCUGCCACACUGACCUCCCACGACAUCACCUCAUCACCCUCCCACGGCAGGUGCACACGGGCUGGUGCCUGAGGUAUGCCUGCCCCGCCAGCCUUUCUGUCAGCCUGCCCAGCAGGUUCGACAACCGGGACAGCUGCCUCACCCUCAAGGGAAGCAAUCACUGCAACGACUGCUGGCACACUGUACGUGACCCAAGGCACAACGGUGAUGUACCCCAGCCAGCGCCAGCACCGAUAGCAGGCUGGCCUUGGCGGCCGAGCAGCCCCUGCUCAGCUUGUUGCACUCUUUCUUGGUUAGUGCAAGAGUGGACGUACAUUCGCAGGCAGCUCUUGAGGCUGUUGCUGGCUGAAAUCCAUCCUGAGCUGUUGCAACACGGCUAACGCGGGCACGUCCGUAUGCACAGCAAAUAGCUGUUCCAAGCCAACAGCGGCGUCCAUGUCACCGACAAGGCUCUAAACGUCUUAUCUGUUCUUAUGUUUAAUUAAGUUUAUGUAUGUUAU